AACAACACCUGCACCGCAUAAUAUCUGCCAUCUCCAUAUAUACAUUUAUUCACCAUCAUCAUCUCCUUGUUACACUUCAAGAGUCAUUACAAUCAGCUUCCUUCCGUCACACCAAACGCUACAUUUAUUGAGCUAAAAAUCCUUGUAGAAAGCACAUCGAGCUAUUUAUUACUCAGAAAUUUGUAACUCUUUUUUUCUUCACUGGCUGCUAAAUAAUACUAAUUUUGAGAGAGAAAGGCUUUCAUUCUUAAUCCGCAUAGAUACACAAGCGUGCUUCAAGUCAUAAAGAAGCGAGGAGAGUGAGUGGUCCACUGUGAGGAAAGUUGGUUGAAAGAGUAACAGUUUAUCUAAAUAAUUUACAAAUGAGAAGUUUACGAGUUCCUUCCAUUCUUCAUACGUACAUUUUGGCAGAUUUUACUCUAUAAAAUAAACAUUUUGCAAUCUCGGUUAUUUCGGUUCGAUCGGGAUCUCUGGUCUGCAAACCAACAACUUCUCCUCCUCUCCGGUUGCAAAUGUCCUUCAAACUUUUCCUUCCCAGAGAGAGUAGAACAAGCUUUGCAUCAUCAGCGAAAGUGGAGCAUAAAGAGUAAUUCGAAUGUUUGGUCAGGAGGAGAGAUUCCUCAGUAAUAAAGAAGGAACUUUGGUGAAUAACGGGAGUAAAUUUGGAUUAUAUUCACGAAAAUAGAGAACAGUUUACUGGAAACGAGUGUAAUAACUUUCCAAUUUUUCUGAGACUGAAGUCUGAACCGCAUUCACACGGAACUAGCUCGUCAUACAUACCUAUCUAAAUUAUUAGACUGCUUUGGCUGGCUUGCUCAGAGGUUACACAUGCAAAUGGAUACAGAAGAGGAAACUCAAUUGCCUUCCGAGGAGAGUGGGCCGAAGAAGUCGGUGUCUAUGGGCACAUUCCGUGCCACCAAUAAUUUCGACUCGGCCACAAUUCCUCAGACACACCAUCUCACUCACAAUAUAGCGCUCCAGAAUAAUAAUGCUGACACUGCAGCAGUAGGCGGAAUAGAGCCAAAUAUUCAUAAUAUGGAUACAUUCAAAGGCCCCGACUUCUCCUUGGAAUGGACUGAAAAUAAAGGAGGAUAUCGGGAAAUGUCGCACAGCUAUGAAGCCCCCACAACUUUGCAAGCGGACGCAGUUGGAAUUAAAACCAGGAAGGAGUACAAGUCAGAGUAUAAGAAGCAGUUUCGCCCCUUUUCUCAGUACGAGUACGUGGAUGGGAAGUUCUUUAAGAAGAAGGGUGAUCAGGACACGCCGAAUCCUUGGUACAAGGAGGUCAUCGAGUUACGCAAGAAAGCUGGGGAUUACAGAUUCCGUGGAUGGGGUACAGAAUUUGUACCACAGCACUCAUCGGACGCGUAUCACCAGCAUGUUUGGGACCAAGUGUCAAAACAACCCUCGUUGGCAGCUCUUGCUCUGAUAACAACGACGACAAAGAAAUCCAUCUCCAAGGAGGAUAAGGAGAAAGAGAAUGUUCGAAACAAGAGCAUGCCCAAGCGGUCUUUAUCACGGCCAAACACUGCGACUCCGAAACAUCCUAUUAGUGAUUUUAAGAUGAAGGACUCUGAAGCCGUCCAAGGAGCCAAAAAGAAAUAUGACGGCCCACCCUCGACCGCUUCUAGCAGAGCAUCACGAGGGAAAGCUCGUUCGCAAUCUGCUGGUCCAGGCGGACGCUCGCCUCGUAAAAUGGCAACGCAUCAUUCCGUUCUUUCUAAAGAAAGGGAGAUUUUGGAUCUGAAUAAACCUGCGACGCGACAUCCACGUCCAACAACUUUAGCUACUAGUCCUCGCCCUAAAGCUAGUAGUGAUAAGGGUCACCGGUCAAUGGAUGUCAAUUCCAAAUUGGUGAAAACGCUUCAAUUUAAUGGUUCGGCAGAUCCUUCUUUUGGAUUUUCUGAGCCUAUUAUAAAAUCGCCCCCGGAGCCAACUAGGGUCAAGUCUCCCGAGCAGGUGAUCUUAAGAAGCCCAGAUCCGGUCAAUUGGACAGUUCCACUUGAUACCACCAAAAGUUUUACCGUUACUCAAAACAUUCGGGACGCGCCUCCCAGUCCCAGAUUCAGAGCAGGUGAUGCACGACUCCAAGGGGUCGACUCGAGUCGAAGUGGUCCAGGGUCUGGAUUUCCAUCUUCGGCAGGUUCCAAAACGUCGUCUCCCUCAAUGUCCUCCUUCUCUCCGAGAUCUGCUCCCCCCGCACAGAAACCCAAAUCCGCACAAUCUGGCACAAAGCCCAGCCAACCACCCCCAAUGCAGAGACCUGUGAGUAGUGGGACUAAGUUGCCCGACAAACCCCCUCAUCAGACUCAAUCAGUAUUAGCAGGAGGAGACAGGAAGCCCCCAGUGAAAUCAACCCCUUACAAUCUGAAUGGUAGCGGCACCAAUAAAACUGUCCUUGAUAACCGGAAACCUGACGACAAUGCAAAUAAUAACAAACCCCCGACGACCACGACCACGACUACGUCCUCCAUCCGGCCUGCCCCAGCCAAACCCCAGCCUCAGGUGGACAAUGCUCGCAAACCAAUCCCAGGCUCGACACUGCAAUGCUUGGAAGACCCUCAAUUCAUGUUUGACCCGACCCCAAAGUUAACUCCGCAACCUGCAGCAGCAGCCGUGCAGAAACCUUACGUUUCCAGAGUGACCUCUCCCCCCACGUCCACUCCCCCGGUGGCUGCACCAAGAGGAUCGAUCCGUGUCCUCGAGGCCCCCAUGACCUCACCACCUCCCGUCCCUCCUACAGGUUUCGUCCCACCAGCUCCCGUGUCCUCCUCCGCCACGGCUAAACGACCGGGCGUUGGAUCAUCCCAAAUUUCCGAUUCCUUACCUCAAACCUCAUCCACGAAUCCGAAACAAGCAACGGGUAGUAAACUCCCGUCUUAUAAAGUGUUGGAUGCUCCCGAACCAGCCGAGAUGUACAAGUCGAUCGGCCCCUCAACCACCACCGCGACGCCGAUGACUACAUCGACCACGUCAGUCACCCCAGCAGCCGGGACCACGGCAUCUCCUGCAUCUUCAGGUGGAAAAUCAAAGCAUAAGUUUGAUUUCAAAUUUUGGGGAAAGUCAAAGGACAAUGAAAAGUAGAGGAGGAUAUAUCGACAUGGACGGACGGGUCGGGAGAAAUUAGUCAUUUAAAUAAUAUUGCAGCUGCCUUCAACAAGUCAAUUCAUGCUUUGUUCAUAAAAUCUCUGAUAAAAAAACACUUACACGAAAAAUAUAAUACUGCUACCACUAAUAUACUACUAACAAUAUUGGCAACAUAUAAUGCUUGUGGGGACUCUCAACUGCAUAGUACAUAUAUUUCAAAAUGCACAAAAAGCUCUCGCAAAUCACAAGCGAAGAAUACUUUGCAACUAACUAAAAGUAAUUAACCUCUCAUCAAGAAAGUGGUGUGUGUUUUUGUUUCAAGUAUUUUUCGGUGUGGGACUAAAAUCGAAAGGGACUAAUUACUAUUACGUGAACUAUAAACGAUUUGUGUAACCUUCAUAAAAAAAACAUUUGUGUAAUAAUAAAUAGUAACGACGACGAGGAGAGAUCAGUGAUGACAAAUUAACAACAAUAACUUAUCAUUUCAAUCAAUUUAGUAUUAACUGUUAAUUAUCUGCAGUAGAAAACAAUGGCUAACUAACAUUAUCAUUAUAACACAACAUAUAUUCAACACCUCGAACAAUUCAUUGCCACAUGUACUGUUGAACAUUUAAUUAUUAGCACAAUUUAAUAAUGAGCUUGCAGAGCAUUGAUUACUACACAUCGUUGACUUAUGUAUGUAUGUCUGUAUGUACGCCUAUUAAAGCUCUCGCAGUCAUCCACCAAUUAAUUGAAACAGUGCACGACAGCAAAAGCAAAGAGACAAAAAAGUGUGUGUUAAGCUGAUUAGAAAAAGUUGUGAGUUUUCGAAAUUAUGUUAAAAUUGCUUUAAUUAUCAAGUAAAAGCUUUGUAAAUUCACUUUGACAAGAGAUUUAAUUAAGGGCUGCGUUCAUUUUAAAGUGUUUUCUUCAAGAUUGUGUGUACUUUAGCUCAGCAUUUUUCAACUCCAGCAAAAGAAGAAGAAGGCAAGACAUGUAUUCAUUCAUUCAUUCAUCGUCUUUCUCGUUCGGAAUUAAACAAAAUGUGUGAUACUGAAACAUCAUCCAGUAGUUUUCAUUAGUGCGCAGCUUAUGACUCAGUUGUAGUUGAAUUGUAUUGAUUGUUACUCGGUUUUAAAAUAAAUAAAUACAAUAAAAUAUGCAAACUAAAA